AUGGUGCUCCGUAAACCUCCCCCACCACGUCUGGAGAACCUCAAUAAGUGGCGUGCUCGAUCGAAUUCCCAGCCCUCGUCCUCUCCGCCCGUCAACUUCGCGACUCGCGCUCGCCUGAAUCGUGUCCCUUCGCAGGAGUCGGUCUAUUCACCAGACCUCAAUACUUCUCCAGCCUUCGAUCUGAUGCCACUCGAGGAGGCUCAGAGGUCACCCGUGGGCUCCCCAGCCAGUCAACCGCCGGGUUCCUGGUCAGAGAGCUUGGGUGACCGUCCAGCCACCUCGGGCCCAGACCAGACAGGGUCAGAUUCCAGGAGUGCAUGGCCUUCCUCAGCACCCAUGCCCGGCUCACAGGGAGGUGACGAACGUGGCUGGAAGCCAGCCCCCGUGGAAAACAGGACGAUGGCGGGGGAAGUUCCUGUGCAGCUACGGUCGAACAACCCUUUUUUGAAGCCAAGACCGUCCGAAUCGCGGCUUGAAUACGCGGAACCGCAUGGGUGGGACAAUCGCCAUUCACAUGCCACUACGAGCAGCGAUUCUUUGAGUCAAUCCGAAGGAUAUAUCCCAAUGACGGCCCGUUUAUCUUUGCUUGACUCGCCGGGCAAUGAAUUCUCGUGGAACGAAGCAGAGCAUCCCCAUGCUACCCCCCAAAAUCAUUCUGAUGAGAGGCCGCAUGAUGCGACUCCAUGGGAAUCGCAACACUCAAUCAGGAUUUCAGCGCCCCAGGAAAUAUAUCUCCAGGGCGGACAAUCUAAUCCAUACGCACCGGCGGUAGUCGUGCAGCCUUCGGAUCCUCAAGACCUGCACGCAUCACGGACGUCAUCUAAUCAAGGACGUCUAGGGUCAGCUGCUGGCAUACGGACCCCCUCAGCAAUCUCCAGUGGCACCUCGGCCACGUCUCACGAGCUGAUAGAUUUUGAUGGCCCUGAGACUCUCGGGGUUGAGACUGGGUCUCAUCAGGCCGCCUCGUCUAUUGACUCAUCCCGAGCUCAAGCAAUGGAUGAGAAGAUACCCACUGAUACCCAGUAUCCUCAAAAUUCAUCCUCCAUGCUGCUGCCUCCAGAUGGUACGCAUGAACAGACACCAUCAGCAUCAAGCGCCAAUCUUUCUGAUACAGAGGCAGCCAGGCAAAUGGAGCAAAGAUCUGAGACCUACUCGAUCCGGCAAAUCAACUGGAUUGACCGAACAGGGCAAUUGCUUCAAUCGCCCAUUCUAGUUCAAACCCAGAAUGGACCCUGCCCACUUCUAGCUCUUAUCAAUGCCCUCGUGCUUCGUUCGGGUCCCAAGUUGCAAACUCCCAUUAUCAGGGCAUUACGCUCGCGUGAGCAAAUCUCGUUGGGCUUGCUCAUCGAAGCUCUAUUCGAAGAAUUGACCACUUGCCUGGGACCCGACGAGGAGUUCCCGGAUAUUGAGGCACUCACUCGAUUUCUCACCAUGUUACAUACUGGCAUGAAUGUCAAUCCUCGAUUGAUCUUGGUAAAUGGCUUUUCCAUCACAUGGGACACAAGUGUUACCCCGUUGACUAAUGAUCUUGAACAGGAAACAACGGAUUCCCUUGGCACAUUCCAGGAAACUGAUGAUCUCCGGCUCUACAGUACAUUCCGAGUUCCUCUGAUACAUGGAUGGGUCGCAUCGUGGUCGAGCCGAGAACAUACAGCCAUGACCCGGGUUGCCCAGUUCCAUGAGGAUAUCCAACUCUUGCCUUUCCGCAGACAGGAGCUCGAGGACCGAGUAAUGCAAGGUCGCUCACUAUCUCCGGAAGAAGAGCAGACCAUGGCAGAUAUACAGGCUAUUCAGAACUUUGUCGAUGUUGAGAAUGCGACACAACUGAGUCCCUUUGGCUUGACGCAACUCACCACCCGAUUGGCACCCGGGUCAGUCUCCAUCUUCUUCCGCAAUGACCAUUUCUCGACACUCUACAAACACCCACAAUCACACCAACUAUUCACAUUAGUCACUGAUGCUGGCUACGCCAAUCAUGCAGAGGUUGUCUGGGAAUCUUUGGUCGAUGUGACGGGCUUCAACUCUGAGUUUCUCGCGGGUGACUUCCGAGCUGUCAGCCACGGGCCAUCUGAACCAGCAGAUUCGACAGGUCCAGCUGGUCCUCGAACGUCGAGUACUGCUGCAAUAAGCACUUUCGCUUCAGCCGAAACCCCCGAGGAUGAAAUAUCAUCGCAAGAGCAGAGCGAUGCGGACUAUGCCUAUGCCCUUUCCCUGCAAUUUCAGGAAGAGGAACAACGGGAACAGACAGAGGAUCAGUCAGCUAGCCCGACGGGUGAGCGGGGAGAGAGCCAGCAAGGAAACUCACCCCCGCGUGGUAUUCGUCCGUCGGGUCCUGUUCGGUCCAGCCAAACGUCCAGCCCUCGUCUGUCAAAUCCACCCACCCGCACCUCGUCGCGAUUCACAUCGUCGCAUAGUGAACCCGACCCAGAUGAUCCAAAUGCCCCUCCACCACCGUAUGAACCCGCCACCGCGUCCACCACAGGGCCUCGAUACUCCCCACCGGACCCAAGACCUCCGUAUGGCGGUCAUCAAGGAGGUCGGUACGCAGCAAACCGUUACUCGGCUCAACAUCCCCCUGAUCGACCGAUCAAUAGCAACCGUUAUAGCUCAAGUGGGAGGAAUAAAGACUGCAUCAUGAUGUGA